AGGUAUUUAGACACCCUGUAUGGAGAUCAGGUCCCUGUGGCAAAUUUGAGAUUACAAUUUUUUAGCUGCACACAAACUGCCAAUGAAAGUUUAAGAGCUUAUGUUCUCAGGCUGCGGGAAUUGUUCUGUAGACUAAAGAAGCGAGACCCAGAUGGCCCUCUUGAUGAAAGUCACCUGCUGGACCAGCUCUUGAUGGGACUCCGUAAUGCAGAACUGAGGAGCACCAUCAGAACCUAUGCACGCCGUAAUCCAGAUGCCACUUUCAACACUGUAUUGGAGGAGAUCUUGUUGCUGGAAUGUGAACAGCGGCCUGGGGCUGGGCAUGAGACUGUAGCACAAGCUGUAGGUGAGUCCUCUGUGCUUAAAUCAGUAACAGGGAAGGAUGACUGGGCUGAGACGUUUCGGCGGGAGCUCCUCCAGGAGGUGAGGGGGCAGAUGAAUGCAUUAAGACAAGAAAUGACCCGGCAGUUACAACCCGCUGCAGGUGAGCCUACACGAUCCUCACAAUUCCCUAAUCAGCCGCCACUCAGGAGGAGGUUCCAGUCUUACACACCUAAUACCUGGGCUGCAGACGGUAAGCCUAUCUGCCGCCAGUGUGGCCGCACUGGACAUAUUGCUAGGUUCUGUAGACCCCCAUCCGAGUCCAAUGCUGAUUUAAACUAGUUUGUCCUGCUACUGAGGUCCAAGUAGCAGGGAAUUUGGGGGAAGCAGGAAAAAGGGCCGUAUUUGUAGGUGACUGCCCUAAGGUUGAGGUUAAAGUAAAUGGUGUGCCCCUCAUUGGACUAAUUGACACCGGUUCACAAGUGACAUUGAUGCGACAGAGUGUAUUCGACCAACACUAUCCAGCAGAUGCCCUAUCACAUGGUGCGGCCCCCAACAAAUUGACACUUAGAGCGGCUAAUGGGUUAUCCAUCCCUUAUCAAGGCUAUGUGGUGAUGGAUUUUGAGAUAGGAGGAGCUAACAUUUCAGGGAGGGGGGUUGUUAUUGUAGCCGAUCAUUGUCUGACUGCCCCAUUACUGAUUGGUAUGAAUGUUAUCACAACCUGUUGGCAUGACCUGCUUACUCGACCAGAGGGUCUGAAGACUGUUUUCUAGGAUCAAGGGACAAGGAAGGCCUGGACGGGUGCGUUUGCUGUGUGCCAGCGAACAGCUGUAGUUGGGGAAGAAGAUGGAUACAUGGGGUUUGUGCGUCCAGCAAGUCGCAGGGGCCUAACCGUUCCAGCCAGAAGUGAGGUGGUGGUUUGGGGCCGUGCGCGGAUGGGUCCGAAGGGACAGGACUACUGUGGCCUGAUCGAAGCACUGCCGGAGCUGGGGGCUUUCUCUGUGGCGAAGACUGUUGGAUUUGUCAAACAUGGCCAACUCCCUAUUCGUAUCAAAAAUAUGACCUCUUGUCCUGUCUUUAUAGGCCGCUACCAGAAGCUGGCGAAGGUGUUUCGUGUUGACCGUGCUGACGUCCAUGGCCAGACAGAUCUAAGCCUGACUGUGCAGGACGAUGGAACCGUCGCAGUAGAUAUUGUGGAGGCUGGAAAGGGAGAACAGAUGGAACCACCUGUCGAGAUGCUAAGAGAUUUACAAGGCAGAGAUGACUUGACUGAACGACAGAAGCAAGAUUUUAAAGCUCUCCUACAAAGGUGGGUCAGGGUGUUUGCCCUCCACGAGGAGGAUUUUGGGCAUACUGAUGCGGUGCAACACCAAAUCCACACUAAUGAUGCGCCCCCAGUAAGAGAAAAGUAUCGCCCCCUACCACCUAUGAUGUACCAAGAAAUGCGCACCCUACUAGCUGAUAUGUUGGAAAAGAAGGUUAUUCAGCCAAGUUCCAGCCCUUGGGCUGCACCUAUUGUGAUGGUUCGCAAGAAAGAUGGCAGUUGGCGCUUUUGCGUUGACUAUCGCAAGUUGAACUCUCUGACUUAUAAAGAUGCCUUUCCGCUCCCCCGUAUAGAGGAGACCCUGACCCUGAAACCCCUUUGGGCACUGAUGUGA